UCAUCCUCCCCCAUAACCUCCGCCUCACUGAAAUCUCUCUCUCCCUCUCUCUCGGCUACCUCAACCUCGACUACUUCACUCCCAUUCCAAUACAAACUCUAGAAACCCUAACCUUCCUCCACUUCCCCAACCUCCCUCACUCCAACCUCUCUACCUCUGGUGUCCUCCGAGCCGCUGUAUGCUUCGAUCCCCUCCUCCAGCUCUCGCUCUAGAUCGAACAGUGCUCGAUUUCCGCCGCACUCUCCAAAUUCUUCACCAUCGUUCUCCCUCAGCACCUCGCCGUCGACGUCUCGGAUUUCGAUGCCGCUGCGAAAUAGGAGUAAAUGGUUUGAGUCGAUAUUUGCUAUCUUGAGGAUUGGGAAAUCUCUGGAGCUGACUAUGGCAAGUUUUAAGCUGUUGAAUGAGUUGGAUAAGUGUUUUCCUUGGGUGCAUUUGUCUGCUGCUGCUGAUGAAAUGAAGUCGUCCAGUGAACUUUCAUUAAUAGUGGAGAAUGAGGUUGGUCACCAUUUGCUUUCAGCUUGGAUAGCACUAGUAGCGAGAGGGUGGCUGCUAAUAAUCCUGGGGGAUACGUUGACUCCUUUGGUUUCCAACAUUUGAUAGAGAACCUUGCUGAUGCAACUGCUAAACCAAACUUCCAAGCCUCAGAAACAAAGAUUAUUUAUAGCUCGUUGAAUCCUGGAGUUGAAUAAGAGGACUGUUCAGGGUGCCUUGCAGUGCAGAUUCUUGAAAAAUAUGUGUGUAGCUGGCAUCCAACCUGAUGUUGUAGCCUAUACAACAUUUAUCAAGGUUUAAAGCUUUCUUGUCACACUACCUGGGUAUUCCAGAAGGCAGAGGAUUCCAAUUCAGCUUUGGAAUUAAAUCAGGAAGCCAUAAUAUUUUGGUCAUUGCUUAUAUUUUAGGUUCAUUACUUCAAAUGUAGUUCUCUGUAGAUCGAUUAGGACCAUUUUUUGUUUAUAGAAUUCUUACAUUUGAGAUCAUUAUUACUUUGGAGUUGAAUAUUAACUUUCAAUAAAGAUUCCUUUAUUAUGUUUUC